UUAUUUAUUUUUUUUUUUUUUUUUGACAAUUUUCUUCAACUUUUCAGAAAUAUAUAAUAAUAAAACUUCAACUAUGACACUAUUCAGUUCACAAAACUCUUCGCGCAUUGAAACGGUUUCCCGUCAUGGCGUUGGUGGCAGCAACACCAAUCCCAGCACUUUGUCGCGUGGUGGUCGUGCCCUAGCUGCACUUUCCCAACAAGAAGAUGCCAAAUUGGCCCUGGAAACGUUUAUCAAUGGCUUACAAUUGCCGGUAUUCUUUCAACUUUCGGAGGAGGAGCAAGAUGAACGCUUGGCCAAAAUAGAUGCAUUGGAGCUGUUUCAGGCUCUUCAAGACAUAAAUCGUGAUUUGGCCAUGGCUCGUUUGGAAAAUCUUUAUCUCACCGAUUUUCUAGAGAAAAAUGAUCCAAAGCUUUUGAUUGGUUUGCAACAGCGUAGGGCCACAGCUCAAAAUAUGAAUUUAGCGCGGGCAAAAGGUGAUGCUACAACACAGUCGGUGAGCAGCUCCAUGGGCACUAGGCCCAGGGCGUCCAUGUCCAGAUCACAUUUAACCACUACCACUGGUAGUUCGCAAAAGAAAACCGCUUUCGAUUAUAAAUUGAAUUUUCGUGCCAAGGCCGAUAUGGCUGAGAAGACCGCCAAUGAAGUUGAAAAGAGGGUUAAGGAUAUUGAGAGUAAAGCUUCCAGGGAAAUCAAAAUCCUUCGCGGCCACAUGGAAGAAAUGCAUUUCAUGUGUGAAGAGACACGGGAGACAAUUAAAAACUUCCAAUUGCAUUUUAUGCGUGACGAGCAGGACCUGGAAUUUCUCAGCACCGCCACUGAAAAGCAAUUGGAAAGGAAAAUCCGUAAAUUCGUAAACAACUGGAUAAAGAAUGCUCGAGCUCUUUUGGCCACAAUGCGUUUGAAAAUUACAGCUCUGCAGGAAAACUGUCAACAUUUGCGCAGUGAGCUGCUGACCAAAGCCGAUCUAAGUGGCAUCCUUACAGCCAUCGAUUUUGAAAAGCUAAUGAUAAAACGUUCAGAACUCUUAAACUCACUGGAUGAGAAAAAUAUGCACAUGGCCGGUUUAAAGGCAGUCACCGGCAAGGCAUCGCUCUCCAUGACGGAAGACAAACAAAUUAUGAUGAAUAUUGAAGCGGAAUCGAAGCAAUUGAAUCAAAAGACCAUAGAUGUCAUAAGAGCCAUUGACAAAUUGGAAAAGGAAGCCAAUAUGGUGGAGCGAGAAAAUCAAAAAGAUUUGGAAGCCUUGAGUAAUUUACGACAGCAGUUGGAACGUUACGAAGCGCCAAGUGUUCGUCAAUAUAUUGAGAAGAAAAAUGAACUGAUGGCGCUGGAGAAAGAGGAGAAAAUGUUGCGGCGUAAAAUUUAUAUUUUGAAUAUGAAAUUGGAAAAUACCCAGAAGAAAUGUAAGGGGCAGAGAAUGGAAGAGAAUAUUUUCAUAAAUAAUUUAAAAUAAAUUUUUGUACAUAGAAAUGUUUUAAUAAUAAUAUUAUUUGUCUUGAA